AUGCAUGGUCUGCGCCUAGUCUGCAGCAUAGGGGCAUUGCCUCUGGCUAUCCUGGCAUAUCCUGCGGCUUCAUUACAUGAUACAACUCCAGCAUCCGUGGGCUUGGACUCCCUGCGUUUGACCUCUAACUCCGCUUACUUCAAUUCUGUCCAUGUAAACAUGAAUAUAUCAGUCGCAGUGUCCACUGAAGAACAUUAUACCGAUACAGCAGCUCGACUGGUUCAGAACAUUGUUCCUGGAGCGAGCUUUCGUCUCAUCGAUGACCACUUUGUCGGCGACAAUGGAGUUGCACAUGUAUACUUCCGCCAAACGCUCCAUGGUAUUGACAUUGACAAUGCGGAUUUCAAUGUUAAUAUUGGAAAAGACGGACUGGUUUUGUCUUUCGGACAUUCGUUCUUCACAGGCGCGUUGCCGAGCAGCUAUUUGGACAAUCCCAACGUUUUAAGUCCGAAGGCUGCACUUAGAGGAGCAAGGGACGCUUUACAGCUUCCACUGACUAUUGACAAUGUUUCUACAGAAGCUGCUGAAGGGCGGAACGAGUACAUAUUCAGAGAGGCAGUGGGAGCGGUAUCUGACCCCAAAGCUAAGCUAGUCUACCUUGUCAAGCCACAAGGGACUCUGGCGCUCACCUGGAGGAUAGAAACAGACAUGUAUGAGCACUGGCUACUGACAUACAUUGAUGCAGAGACCACCACUGUCCACGGCGUGGUUGACUAUGUGGCAGACGCGACAUAUCAAGUAUAUCCCUGGGGCAUAAACGAUCCAGCAGAAGGACAUCGCACCAUCGUCACCGAUCCCUGGGACUUAUCCGCAUCCGCAUACACUUGGAUAAGCGAUGGACGGGACAACUACACCACAACCAGAGGCAACAAUGCCAUCGCACACUGGAAUCCGACCGGCGGUGGCUCCUAUCUCUACAAUCUACGCCCAUCCGACCCCAACUUGAAUUUCCAAUGGCCAUACUCCCCAAACAUGUCCCCACCCCGAUCAUACAUCAACGCCUCCAUCGUCCAACUCUUCUACACAGCAAACGCCUACCACGACCUCCUCUAUACACUUGGAUUCACCGAAUCCGCCGGCAACUUCCAAUGGAACAACAGCGCCCACGGCGGCCGGGACAAAGACUACGUGAUCCUCAACGCACAGGACGGCUCCGGGUUCAGCAACGCAAACUUUGCAACUCCACCCGAUGGUAUCCCCGGCCGUAUGCGCAUGUACAUCUGGAUCGAGUCCACUCCGUCGCGUGAUGGAAGUUUUGACGCGGGAAUUGUAAUUCACGAAUACACUCACGGUGUAUCCAAUCGUCUCACCGGCGGCUCCCACAACGCCGGAUGCCUCAGCACCCUCGAAUCGGGUGGUAUGGGCGAAGGCUGGGGCGACUUUAUGGCGACGGCCAUCCGAAUCAAGCCCAACGAUACACGCACAACGUCCUACACUAUGGGUGCAUGGACAGAUAAUGACAAACGUGGUGUCCGCGACUAUCCCUACUCUACUUCGUUUGCCGAAAACCCUCUGAACUACACGAGCGUGAAUACCAUGAACGGCGUGCACGCCAUCGGAACUGUCUGGGCAACCAUGCUAUACGAGGUCUUGUGGAACCUCAUCGACAAGUACGGGAAGAAUGAUGGGUCGAGGCCGGUGUUUAGAAACGGGGUGCCUAAAGAUGGGAAGUAUUUGAUGAUGAAGUUGGUGGUGGAUGGGAUGGCACUGUAA